AUUGUGUCCCGCUCGGCUCUCUUCAACAACACGUUGUCCCGUUCCUUGCCCUCGCCAAAACUCGCCUUUCCCUAUGUUCCACGCAGCACACGCACCCACCCAGCCCCGUUUCCGAACCAAACCAAAAAUGGUCCUCACCCAAAACCCCCCCUCGGUAUCCGUUCUAACUGUGGUUUCAAUCUCAUUCUUUUCACUUCCGCGCUAUCGGUCAACUGAAAAUAAAACUUCCCCACAGCGCAAAACACACACACACACACAUACGCGGGCGGAGUGUGCCGUGCGUCCUUUACCUUCCCUUUUGCGCAAGCUGGCGCAACCAAACCACAACAAAGGGAUCGCCCUUCCUUCCCCGUAGCGCACCCACGUUCUACUCCUCACACACACACACACACUCCGCACCCGCCCACCCAACCACCCCCGACCAUUUCGCUCUGUCCACCUCUUCCCCGGAGCGUGUCGCCAGCACCAUGUCGAACAGCACACCGUCGCCACCUCCAACGCCACCACCUGCACCACCACCAGUGUCGGGCGGGGGUGUGGCACCGCCACCGCCACCGCCGGCCAAAACGCCCCUCUCCGAGCUGAACCUAGACGUGCUCAAUAACAGCAGCAACCGCAUCAGCAAAUCAGCAAACCAUCCCGCCAUACUCUCGUCCGGCGAGUGUGCCUGGGCCACCCAGUACCCGGAGAUACAGAAGGCCUGCUUCCUGAACCGCGUCUGCCAGUAUGCGCCGCCGCGCGAGCUGCGCGUCCAGAACGUGGAGCCGAUACUGCAGAACGGGCCGACCUGCGGCCUGACCGCGCUCAGCAUGAUCUUCGACGGGGCACCGUCGGCGACGGCACUGCUCGAGCAGGCCGUGACCCGCGGCUACUCCAACAACGGGGAGAUGUUUAGCGCCCGCCAGCUGAACGAGCUGUUCGAGCAGGUGCUGGAGGAGAACCGGCACCUGGUGGAGUACAAGCCCGUCACCCACACGCUCGUCGGUGGCUGGAUGGACGACCCGAACAUCCAGAUCAAGCUGCGCCUCGGGGCCAUGUUUCUUGUGCCUUACGAUCCGGACCGGAAUCAUACGCCCUGCCUCAACAAAGGACACCGGGCCCACUGGGCACUGAUUGUCGGCUAUCUAAUCGAUCAGUUUGACGAUUUUUACGUGUUUGCACGCCACGGGAAAACGAAAAACCUCGCCCUCUGGUCACUGCGCGACCUGUCCCGCAGCAACGGUAAUCUAGUCGAGUUCUGCCAACCGGUAGGACAUCCCAACGAAACCUUCAUCCUGCCCGAGGGUGGCAUGGGCGGGUGUAACGGUUUGCGCUGUAAAUUCAUCAUGAUCGAGCACUACAAGGCCAAGACGGAGAUCGCACUAUGAGACACACCGCGUGGCAGCAGCACGUGCAUGCAGGUUCUUCCAGCCGUCCACCGAUUGUACAGCACCACCAUCCCCGUUUUUGCCCUCCGUUUCACACCUUCUUUCCCCCACUGUUUGCUUAGAUUGUUAUUUAUUCCCACCGGUGUGUGUACACACAUACACACACACACACACACAUACACACACCGGUGGCAAACACACAGAGGACAGAUGCAACUAUUUAUGGAACUAUUUAUCUUUUAUUUAAUAUUCAUAGCUUUAUUUUCGGGUUUCCGUUUUGGCUAUAUAUAUAUAAUUUAUUUUAAAACAUGCAUAAAA